AAAUCGAAUCGCCACAUUCAGAUGAGUUUCUGCCCUAACCGGCUCACUUCCCUUCUUCGCAAAGCCCGCAGCCUCUUCGGCCUCGCCGCCACCGCUUCCUCCGCCGCCGCCGCAGCCUCCUCCUCCUCCUUCUCCUCCGGUGCAUCCGCCUCCGCCGCCGCCAUGGAGGACCUCCAGGCCAUGAAGACCCGCCUCUGCAUCAUCGGGAGCGGCCCCGCCGGCCACACCGCCGCCAUCUACGCCGCCCGCGCCGAGCUCAAGCCGAUCCUCUGAGGGUGGAUGGCCAACGACAUCGCCCCCGGCGGCCGGCUCACCACCACCACCGACGUCGAGAACUUCCCGGGGUUCCCCGAGGGGAUCCUCGGCAUGGAGCUCAUGGACCGCUGCCGCAACCAGUCGCUCCGGUUCGGCACCCAGAUCUUCACCGAGACGGUCACCAAGGUCGACUUCUCCGUCCGCCCCUUCAAGGUCUUCACCGACUCCAGGGCCGUGGUCGCGGACGCCGUGAUCGUCGCCACCGGAGCCGUCGCGAAGCGGCUCAGCUUCCCCGGCUCCGGCGACGGCCCCGACGGCUUCUGGAACCGCGGCAUAUCGGCGUGCGCCGUGUGCGACGGCGCCGCCCCGAUAUUCAGGAACAAGCCGCUGGCGGUGAUCGGAGGCGGCGACUCGGCGAUGGAGGAGGCGAACUUUCUGACCAAGUACGGGUCCAAGGUUUACAUCCUUCACCAGGACACGUUCAGGGCCUCGAAGAUUAUGCAGAACAGGGCGAUGAGUAAUCCUAAGAUCGAGGUUGUGUGGAACUCUGUAGUGGAGGAGGCGUAUGGGAAGGAGAGAGGGUCUUUGGGAGGGUUGAAGGUCAAGAAUGUUGUUACUGGAGAGGUUUCCGAUUUGAAGGUCUCUGGAUUGUUCUUCGCCAUCGGGCACGAGCCUGCUACCAAGUUUUUGGGCGGACAGUUGGAGCUUGAUUCCGAUGGUUAUGUCGUGACGAAGCCUGGGACAACGCACACGAGUGUACGAGGAGUUUUCGCCGCCGGGGAUGUUCAGGAUAAGAAGUAUCGGCAGGCUGUUAGUGCCGCUGGGACAGGGUGCAUGGCAGCCCUCGAUGCGGAACAUUAUUUGCAAGAAAUCGGAUCCCAGGAAGGCAAAAGUGAUUGACUAUCUGGUGCUAGCCCCAAGCUCUGAGGCCACUCGAAUUGAAAGCGAGUUGAAAUCACUGGGAAUACAAAGAAGGCUCUCUAAGUCUCUAGGCAUUAUAUUAUUUAUCUUGUGUUUUGAAUUGCAACGAUCAUUAGACUAAUAUUUUGGUGCAGAGUUAUGCUCACCAUGAAUAUUAUACUAUUGGAUUUAAUCGUUCAAGAUUUGCCGCGAGCUGUCUGCUUGCGCUCGAGCUUGUAUUGGUGCCUAUGUCUACGCACCUUUUGGACGUAGGAAUUCCCACGAAGGGCUCUUGUGGCCUUUUUGAGCAAUAAAUGGCUCUUACAGUCCGUCCCUGAAUUGAACGCUAUGUUUCUCUAGAAUUGAAUUGGUUUCGUGCGAUGC